AUGUGGUGUUCUUGUCGGAUCCAUUUCCGCACUUUUGGAUGGAUGCUGACAUGGAGGGUCAUGACGGAUCACCUCUUUCCGGAAAGGGAUCUCUGGGAUCCACGAUGGAGAGACGAGGAGCACGUGAACACGGGCUUCAUGUUUGCCCGAGCAUCCCAUCGAUCGCUUCAGCUGGUUCAUGACUUCAUCCGUGCUCAUCAUUCACCCUGGGAUGCACAGACCUUGGGCGGCGGCAUCUUCGACCUCUUUGACCAGCGGAUCUUCAGCAGCUUCCUCCGAAGGCGUCUUGAAAGCGGAGAAUGCGUUUCGCACAUGGAGAACCUGACUUACGGCUCCAGGUGGCGAAGCCCUUCCGGCCAAUCGGGCGAGUGGUCCGAAAACCCCUCCAUCCGAGUGCUUCAUCCGGACGUCAUCGCCCACGGUGGAAGCUUCUUCUGGCUCCGCUCGUGGCGUCGGCGGCACCUCGAAGCUCCUCCUGUGGCGCAUGCAAACUUUGGCCGAAACAAGCAGUACUUCUUGCGCGAUCGAGGCCUUUGGUUCAUCGAGAAUCUCACGGAGCGGUUUCGGGAGCCCGUGCAGUAUGACGAGUACUACCCACCAGCUCUUCUUCCAGAAGAGCAAGACGAGACCAUCCGUGUCGAUGACGAGAACGACACGUGGCGGUUCCUGCUUUACGAACCACGUGGCACCUCCACGUGUUCGACGUGGAAUCUUGAUCCAUUGGCUUGUCAGUUCCUCGACUUGGCGGCGGCCCUCGAAGUGGCCGUCCUCCUGAAGCGUCGCCUCGUUUUGCCGGACGCCUUCGAUUGCAGCUUGCUGCCGAUGUGGGACGCCUACGGCAUGUCGUCCACCUUCCAAACUCCGCACGAAGGGUGCACCUUCGAUUACUUUGCCGACGCCGAAGGUUUCACGAAGCGCUUUGGGCAUUUGCUGGUGGAAGCUGGGCUGAAGAAGAGUCCGGACUUCCUUCGGCUCCAAAAGGCCAGCGCACAUCUCGGACGGGCUUCGGAUUGUCAAGACCUCCCCUUAGCCAGAGCCUUUGGCCCAGCAGUUCUGGAGGUGCUGGACAACGUGGUGACACUGCGGGAUCACUUGCGGCAGCUGGACGGUCGAGGGCUUGAUCGUCAUUUGUUCCCCUGCCGAUGGGUUGAAAUGGACACUGAGAGCUAUGCCAGAAGAGCAGGAGACGCGCCGCGCCCGCGCCUCCUGCGGGCGAGGUCUGGACUGCUGCGCGGUGUACCACGGCUGGGCGGAGAAGUUGGAAUACUUCACCAACAUCUCCUGGCCAUUUCCUUGUGA